AUGAAGAGAGACCGUUCAGAUUACGAAGAUUUCAUCACGCAUAUAGACAUGGUAAAAACUAUAACGAUGUUGUCUCAUAGUUGUGUAGUCAAGCAAAUCGAAUCUACCGGAAGCAAAACCAAAGGUAACCGCUUUGAAUGCAAAACGUGUAACCGGAAAUUUGAUUCGUUCCAAGCUCUCGGAGGUCAUAGAGCCAGCCACAAGAAACCUAAGCUGGUGAGUGUUGAGCAAGAACAAGCCAAACAUACUGUGCAUAAGUGUUCAAUCUGCGGUCAAAUGUUUGGGACCGGUCAAGCUUUAGGUGGUCACAUGAGAAAGCACAGGGAGAGCAUGAUAAAUGAACAAUCGGUUAUCUCUUCUAUGGUAUGUAGUACCAGUCCGGUUAUGAAUAGCAGCAAGAGGGUUAUGCGCUUGGACCUGAAUCUAACUCCAUUGGAGAAUGACCUUGUAUAUAUAUUUGCUAAGAAUUUGGUUCCACAUAUUGAUUUGAAGUUUGUAAACUAGUUUUAGUGUGCAUAUACAAAUCCUAUUAAUAACUUAGUUGUAA